CAGGGCGCCUGCUGCCAGGGCACUCCCCUUCCACCCCUAUAAGAACCUCUAAAAGACGAUCUUCAGCACAGACUUCGCUUUGCUCAGGACCCCCCAGUCCCGAGAGCGCCAGGAGGGAGGGCAAGCAGCCGCUGCAGAGACCCGGCAGACACUGGUCUGUGUUGCCGCCCGGCCAUGGAGCAGCUGAGCGCAGCCAACUCCGCCUUCGCCUUGGACCUGUUCCGCAUCUUGGGUGAAGACAGCCCCACUGGGAACCUCUUCUUCUCCCCCCUGAGCGUCUCCUCGGCGCUGGCCAUGGUCUCCCUGGGGACCAGAGGCGACACCGCGGCCCAGGUGUCCAAGACCCUUCGUUUUGACGCGGUUGAGGAAGUUCAUUCCAGAUUUCAGAGUCUGAACGCCGCAGUCAACAAGCGAGAUGCUGCUUACGUCCUGAAACUGGCUAAUAGGUUAUAUGGAGAGAAAACCUAUCAUUUCCUCCCGGAGUUCUUAGCAUCUACUCAGGAAAUGUACGGCGCCGAGCUGGCCAGUGUGGAUUUCCAGGGCGCCUCGGAAGGGGCCAGGCAGGUGAUCAACGAGUGGGUCAAAGGGCAAACAGAAGGGAAGAUUCCGGAACUGCUGGCUGCAGGUAUGGUGGACAGCAUGACUAAGCUGGUGCUGGUGAACGCCAUCUACUUCAAAGGCACCUGGCAGGACGAAUUCAAAAAGGAGGAAACCAAGGAUGCCCCGUUCAGGCUGAAUAAGAGAGACACAAAGACAGUGAAAAUGAUGUACCAGAAGAAGAAGCUUCCUAUUGGCCACAUCCACGAGCUGAAGUGCCACGUGCUGGAGCUGCCUUACAAGGGCGGCGAGCUCAGCAUGGUCAUCCUGCUGCCCGAUGACAUAGAGGACGAGUCCACAGGGCUGGAGAAGAUUGAACAAGAGUUGACUUUGGAAAAACUCUGUGAGUGGACCAAGCCUGAGAAUCUGUAUAACCACAUGGACAUCCACGUGCACCUGCCCAAAUUCAAGCUGGAAGAGAGCUACUAUCUCAACUCCCACCUGGCGCGCCUGGGUGUGGAAGAUCUCUUCAGCCCUAGCAAGGCUGAUCUGUCAGGCAUGACUGAAACCAGAGAUAUAUUCAUAUCAAAAAUUGUCCACAAGGCCUUUGUGGAAGUGAAUGAGGAGGGCACAGAAGCCGCAGCCGCCACUGCACUUGUUUCCAAGACCUGUAGCCUGAGACCAGACCAGAGCUUCGUGGCCGACCACCCCUUCAUUUUCAUGAUCCGUCACAAUCCUUCUGGCAGCAUCCUGUUCCUGGGGAGACUGUCUUCCCCUUAGACGCUGUAGAAGUAGACAGCCAAAAUCAAGUUAUAUAUUUGACUUAUAAUGCAGUGUAACUUCAUCAAUAAAACUACUGUCUAAACCCAAGCUUUGAUUUCCUCUGUAAGGGUGACUCUGUUGGGUCUUGACAUCCACUUACUAUGCCGGGGUAUCGAUUUUACUCCUUUUAUACUGAAAAACUCCAGUGGUUGUUUUUGAAAGCAUCAAAUUCAAACAAAUACCCCAGAUGUGUAAGAUUCUUGACAAUCAGUCAUCUGUGCAAAGAAAAUGGAAGAUACUCUGAUUUGGUUAAUAGAACUUCAGAAGUCAUCAUACACAUUCUGGUUACUGAAGGGAGAGCUUCAGGUGAAAACAGGAGAGCCCCCAAUUCGGGCUGUUUUGUAAAGACAAACUUGCCUUGACCUCU